GUACCCGUCCAUAGAGAGUGUGAAGUAGUGAAUGUCCAGUCCUGUCUGCUACGCAGCAGCAGCGAUGAGCUUGGCCCCCUUUGCCGUACUUGAGACUCUGACCCCCAAAUGCCCUCUGGUAGAUCUUGCCAUCCUCUGUGCGACUGAAUGGCAUGCCGAAGUUCUCCAACUGGUGUAGAGACGAAGAGGAUACGAUAUGCACUUUAUCAAGCAAGAUGCAGCUAAUAUAUUAUUUUGUAUUUUGUGUACUAAACCACAGUAUUUCGGCACAUUAUGUCCUGUAAAACUUUAUAAUAUAUAUAAUGCACAGCGACUGCCACGUAGAGCAGAAUGUGCAUCAAUGUUUACCUCCACUACAGCAGCAGGAGCCUGUUCAGUCAUGUAAUGGAUAGCAUCCUGGUCCCCCAGCCAAUCAGAGCCCUUCACGGUGUCAUAGAAGUGCCACCUCCAGUCAUCAUCCUCCAUGUUUCCCAGAGCUGCAUUGAUUCCACCCUGGGAAAAUAAACAACUUGUGUCGGAGAACUUAUUACAAGCAACAGUGUGAGACCUGGUGGGGAACAGCUUGGUGACACAGGCCGUGUUGAAGCCGGCCUCGGAGAGGCCAAAAGCUGCCCGGAGUCCUGCUCCUCCGGCGCCAACCACCACGGCAUCAAACUCAUGAUCUACAACUGGAUAUUGGGUGGAGACCUGAAGCAGCCUCCAUGAACAACCUGAAUGACCCACCCAGAUGGAAUAUUCAACCAGACCAAAGAGAAAGGGGGGAGGGAGGCGGAGAUGGCAACCAAUGGAACUAUGCCCUGCUGGUCCCCAUGCUUGGACUGGCUGCAUUUCGGUGGAUCUGGACCCGGGAGUCUCAGAGAGAAAUCGACAAGGUGAAAUCCCAGUAUGACAGGGAUGUAUCUAUUGUCAAAAGUGACAUGGAGGCGAGGUACCAGGAGACACUAACCGAGAGACGCAGAGCAGCGGCUUCCUUGGAGCUCGAGCUGGAGAAGGAGAGACAGAGGGUGCAAGGGUACAGGCAGGCCAUGAUCUCCCAGAGCCAGCAGCUGGUGGAAGAACGUAAACGUUUACAUCAGGAGCGUGAGAGGCUGGAAGACGAGAAGCAAAGGCUUAUCAAGUCUGGAGCCGCAGGAACCGUGCUGCAUCAAGCCCUGGAACAGCAGAACGAGUGGUUCCAUAAAGCCAACGCCACACUGAAGGAUCUUGAGGCUCAGCUUGUGGAGCGCCAGAAUGCCUACUGUUCCCUAAUACAGCCUCGAGAUAAGCGCCUGGAUAUGGAGAAGAACAUGCUGCUGAAGGCCGUCAAAGAGCCCCUGGUGGAUGAACUUGAUCUGGAGGCUGAUUUAAAGGAUAUUUUUAAGAGAGAUAAGCAUUGUGCAGAUCUGCUAAACAUGGACAAGAGGAAGAACGGAAGUCUCAUGUGGGUGUAUCUCAAGUACUGGCAGCUGCAGGUCACCGUUCAGAAACACAAGAGAGCCGAGCAGGCCAUUCUCGGAGGGAACGUUAAACCUCAAACAAAGUGAUGACAGGGCAACGCUUUUCAUUUGACUUUGAGCCAACUGUUAGUCCUGUGUAGAUCCGGAGCGGAAUAUGCAUGAUUGGGAAUUUCUGCGUUAGGAAAAGAUGAGACAUUUUGAAGGUGCUGCAACGUAGGUCUCCCUAAAAAAAAAAAAUACCCUAAUUAAGACUUCAACUCUAAGAUCAAAUGCACUUAAUUAAACAGUGUCCACAUUGGAUACACAAUCAAGGAUUGAAAUAUAUUUUAUUCUUGAAAACCAGAAUGUGUGUACUGAAAUUGUAUGUGUGCCAUGUUAUCUGAAUGCACCUUACUUUAUUUGGGUUUCUUUUAAGAUGUGAGGGCUGCACAGAUAACAAAGAUGACAUAACAUAACACACCCUAUACUAAAAACUUGAAGAUUUAAAUUAUGUUUUACUAUAUUUACAGUCUUAGAAUUCAUUAAUUUAUGCACGUGGAUAACAGAAUUAAAGUAUUUUAUUAGAACCAGAACUUUCAUCUCUCCAUAUGAAAAUAUAGACCCAACAUGAACAGAGAAGAUGCUUUAUUUUGGAACAUAUCUUGGUGCACGAGAACUGUCUUAUUGUUCAGAUAAUUGCAACACUGUACAGUCCUCAUAAUAAAGCUUUGAAAGAUAAACUUGUCAA